CUUUUUUAAAAGAAGAAGAGGAAGGAGAGCGUUCACAAGUGAAAAGGCCACCGAGUCAAGCCUGUAACCAAGGAAGGAGAAAGAGAUCAACUCAAGACAAGCAUUUUGUUGUGUUCAUUGUGCAAAGCUGUGUCUAUACUGAUAUUUGUAAUUGUUAUAAUUGAAUUAUUUUGUUAACGAGUAACAUUUAGAAAUAUGGAGGACAAACUUCGGCAAAUGGAAGAUGAAAUGAACAGAUUCGAAGCUGAAAUCGGAGGACAGCUUGUGACACCAAUCGUACGACCGGUGAUAGGCGCAAACACAUACAAUCAAGUUGCCAGACAAUUGGAGCAACAUGAACUACCCACAUCGGUCGUCGCGGCGGCUGCUGCUGCGACAUUAGCGUUUCCUCCGAUGAUCGGCUUUCCACCACCGCCACCGCCUCCACCUCCUCCCCCGCCACCACCAAUGUUAAUUCCUCAGCAAGUAGCAAGACAAAAUACAGUUCCUAUCACCACAUACUCUUCGCCAGCACAGAUAAGUAAUCCAUAUAUGUCAAAUAUGGUGGAUCCAUGUUUGAGUGCAACACCAAAAACCUAUGAAUCUACGUCAACACCCAUGAUUCAUCCUGAGAUCAUUGAGCAAAUUAUUAAUACAAAGAUACCUGACGAUGAGGGUAAAAAGAAACCAAAAGUUAAAGGUGUCAGCACAGCGGCAGAACUAGCAAUUAGCCAAGGAAAGGCAAGCUCCAUCAUGGCUAAUGCCAGUGCUGAGGAGACCCAUCCUAAGGGUAGAGGGAAGAAGAAUAAGAAAAUCAUAAGAAUGGCUGGUGGCCAAACGUGGGAGGAUCCAUCUUUAUUAGAAUGGGACGAAGAUGAUUUCAGGAUAUUCUGUGGAGAUCUGGGCAACGACGUCACCGACGAGAUGUUGGUGAGAGUGUUCGGCAAGUAUCCCAGCUUCCAGAAAGCCAAGGUAGUUCGAGACAAACGGACAAAUAAAACCAAGGGUUUCGGAUUCGUGUCUUUUAAAGAUCCACAGGACUUUAUCAAAGCGAUGAAGGAAAUGAAUGGACGAUACGUGGGAUCGCGUCCGAUAAAGCUGCGGAAGAGCUCCUGGAAGCAGAGAAAUUUGGAGACUGUGCGCAAAAAGGAAAAAGAGAAACAAGCAUUGAUCGGAUUGCUCACUGGUCGAUGAUGCGAUCUUUAUCGUUGGAAUUUCGAUAAAAUUGAGGAAGAAUACGAUUGUUUGGAUGCUUGCGUAUUCUGAGCAAUCGUUUGGACGACAGUCUUGGAGAGAAAGAGUGCAAAGACAAGAAGAUGACAUUCGGUUUAGUUAUAAAUUAAUUUAUUAAGAUGUGUAUCAAUAAAUAUUAUAUCGCGAA